AUGGGAUCCAAUAGUAAAGACGAUCAAGACUCUGGCGAUAGAGGAACCACACAAGAUGUUCCGGAAGAUACAGCAUCCACGAGAAUGCCUCCUACUACCGGUAGUAUCAUGUGGAUGAGAAACUCCAUUAAUUGGAUGUUGCAGCAGCCCGAAGUCGUUGUGCCAGUGGCGGAGCAAGUCAUGGCAACAAUGAUACUGACCAAAAUGGCAGCUGCCAAUCACAAGGCGGAUGAUGACUCUGCCGCCCCAAACAGCAGCAACACAAAAGACACACACUUGGAACUUUCCACCACCGCAGAGAGUGACCGAGCGGCUCUUGGUCUUUCCGAUCCACCGGGUGCGUAUGCCGAAGCACCCGGGACAGAGCCAACAAGACGACGCCAGAGCUCCAUCGUGAUCCUACCAGCACAACAACCAUCCUCAGAAGAUUCGUCUGAUGAAGAAUCGGCAAUCGAGGCCGUGUCCGAUAAGGACGAUUCCGUCCAAUCUGGAAAACCAGAGCCUGUCCGUGUAGGGCAUCCAGAAAGACAACGAAACCGCAACGUUUCCUUACCAGAAGCCAACUUGGUUAUCAAGCAAAGUUUAUCCUCCUCAACGUUGCCACGUGCUCUAAGCUUGGAUGAUCAAUCCAAAACUCACAGAAACAAUGAGAGGAAAGAGACGGUGCCCUUGUUCAGGAGUACGUAUUCCCUUUGGUGGUGUGGCCUAGCUAUGGUCCUCGUGGCAGCGGCCAUUGCCCUACUAGUUAUUGUGACGAUUGUUUACUUCCUCGGAAAAAAGUCUCCCACAACAAUCAUUCUUACUCGAACCAAUGCCCCGACAUUUAGCCCUACCAAAGCCCCAAUGUUGGUGGCGGAUUAUCUGCUUCCACUGUUCCCUCAGGAGACAGUUCAGGCCAUUACAAAAGUCCCAGACUCACCCCAGUCACAAGCAUUUCAAUGGCUUUUGGAGGACGUCUCUGAAUUCCGUUACUCCAUGCUGACCAAUCGAAUCAAACAACGAUUUGUUUUGGCCACUCUCUACUAUUCCACCAGCGGCAACAGUACCUGGGACAACAACACCCAUUGGCUCAGUCACAGUGUCCAUGAAUGUGACUGGUUUACCAAACCAGAAUUCGCUCGCAAGACCAUUGUUUCCAAGAUUUACGACGGAUACCUAGAAGGGUUCUUGGAACCAAUCAUGCCCAUGCCUUGUAACAGUGAUGGCAUCUACCAACACCUUUGGCUAGAUGAAAACAAUAUGGUUGGAUCUCUUCCAGAAGAACUCUAUUUGUUGACAAGCCUACAAACACUAUCGAUUGGAUGGAACAAGCAGUUUGGAGGAACCAUCUCCACCCAAAUUGGCCAACUCACAAAAAUCCAAGGGCUAUUCUUGGGUCGGAUGGACUUGACUGGCACCAUACCCUCUGAAAUUGGUUUGCUGAGCCAACUACAAUUUGUAUCCAUGGGGAACAACAGAUUGCAUGGAUCCAUACCAGAGGAAAUCUGGAUGCUUACAGCUCUGGAUACUCUCAUGCUACAUCGCAAUCAACAUCUUGGGGGUACUAUCAGUACUGGGAUUGGUUCCUUGUCCAGGUUGAUAUGGCUUGUUUUGGAUGAAUGCAGUCUCACUGGUCCACUGCCAACAGAGCUUGGCGAAGCGUUCUCCCUAUCUCAUUUCAUGGUCGGUGGAAACCUACUCUCUUCAACCAUCCCUACUGAGUUAUGCCUCCUCUCAGAGCUGAAGGUGCUGGCUUUGUAUGAGAACUCUCUAGAAGGAAUACUCCCUGCAGAGAUUGGCCUCCUCACAUCUACCACAUUUCUAUCUCUAAGCAGCAAUCAAUUGAGUGGUCCAUUGCCCAGCGAACUUGGACUUCUUUCCAACAGUAUGAAUGCUCUUGAUUUGCAGAACAACCAACUACUUUCUGGAACCAUCCCAACAGAGCUUGGGCUUCUGACAAACUUGGUAGAGUUUGAGCUUUCAAACAAUCAACUCUCUGGGCAGGUUCCUGCUGAGUUGGUUGUUCUUACAUCAUUGGGUCUAUUGACACUGGCAACCAAUUCGCUUUCUGGGAGCCUUCCACCGCAGCUUUCUGCAUUGGAGCAUUCCCUGUACACUUUGAAGCUAGAAGGAAAUCCACUCUUGUCAGGGACAAUUCCACAAGAGCUCUGCAGCAUCAAUGGUGCCUGGAUCAGUAAUACUUGGAAGUCAGGAGGAGGACCAGAGGGCCUGUCAUUCGAUUGUACCAGCUUGCUGUGCGGUUGUGGUUGCCCUUGUUAG